CCGAGUACCGACUACCGAUAAAAAUGUUUACUGAACCAAACAAACGAUAGUAAACCGCGGCGUGUGAGGCUGCAAGUCGUUUGUAAGAGUUUUCGCCUUUCGUAGGACGUACUUCGUCAAAACCAUGGACCGACGGCACAUACUACACUUUCCGUUGUGUUAGUGACAUUUCCACCACUAAAAUAAUAUCAAUUAACAUUAUUUUAGACAUUUUUUCGCCGGACAAUAACCAUGGACUUUUUCGUGCUCCUAGCAAUCAUUGUGGUGUUCUACGUUGCUCUUUUGUUUUUCGAUUUCACAUUAAAGUCCUGUUCACAUUAUCCAUAUUUGAUGUUAAUGCAAAAGACAGGGUUAAGUGUUGGGCCUUUUCAAUUACGAUGGUAUACAACUUCUUUGAAUCGUCUAAUCUUAAAAAUGUCGUUUUGGCAACCAAAAUUCCAAACCAAUUGGUUCACUUUUGGGUCUUGGAUUACCAUUUGUCUAAUUAUACCAUCUAUAUGUCUGGUUAUUGUAUCUUCUGCCCAAUUGUGUAAAAAAUUAUUCACGGAGCCUACUAGUGAGCCAUCGAGCAACCAGCAAGAUACAUUUCUUGAACCAAUAGUACCCGGGAUAAAUUUACCUAUGUCAGACUUAAGCUAUUAUAUAUUUGCUCUUAUGUUUUCUACAGUUUUCCACGAACUAGGGCAUGCAUUAGCAGCAAUCAGAGAAGAUAUGCAUGUUGAAGGUGUUGGUUUAAUGUUCAUUUUGAUUUUACCUGUGGCUUAUGUCCAUUUGGAUGAUAUUACCUCCUUGCCAAGCAGUAAACAGCUACGAGUAAUGUCGGCUGGUGUAUGGCAUAACAUAGUUCAAGCUCUAAUGGCAUAUCUUGUUUUAUUGCUCUUACCAUAUAUGUUAUUUCCAUUUUUCACAGUUGGGCAUGGUGUCAUGACCACAAAAAUAAAUCAGAGAUCGGGUGUUAAUGGGCAAGGAGGACUAGUAACUGGUGAUGUUAUUACAAAAUUAGGCAAUUGUGAUGUGCAUGAUUUUGUGUCUUGGAUAAAUUGCUUAAAUCACACUAAAACUAGUGUAGAUUCUGGAUUUUGUCUAUCGCCAGAAUUUGUUCAACAUCAUGACGAAACAAAACCAGUGCAUUAUGUCGAUGAAUAUAUAAUAAACUGCUGUGAUCCAAACUCAAAGACCAAUUUGUGUUUUGAGUAUAUUGAAUCGCUGUCCAAUCCUCAAGAAUUACCAAAUCAUUCAUGCUUAAAUGUUAGAAAAGUUAUAGAAAGAUCAACAUCACCCUGUGAUGCUGAUAACCAGUGUUCAUCAGCACAUUGUUAUUAUCCUGCAAUUCGUAAAAAUCAUAAACUUGUGGUUAUCAAACGUCAAAAGAAAAAUGAAGUUUUAUUUCUUGGACAGCCUAUAGAGUUACAAUACAUAUCUGUUACUCAAUAUGUACCUAAGACUGAUUAUCUAUCAAAUAGUGUACCAGAAUCUAUUGAAAAAUUUUGUAAAUACUUAAUAAUGUUUGCAGGAGGUUUAGCCGUUAUAAAUGUAAUACCAUGUUUUUAUUUUGAUGGAGAAAAAAUAUCAAGGGUGUUAGUGAAUACAAUGCUGAAGGAACACGUUGAACAUUUAAGUGUUCGAUUAGCAAUUUCUAUUUGUUUGACAAUUCUUGGAUCUUUAAUAUUGAUUAUUUAUAUGAUAUUAGGGUUUUGGUCUUUGAUUAAGAUAAUAAACUAGACAUUUACUAUUUACCUAAACAAAUAUAAAUGGUUCCUAAUUUCUACUAACGGUUAAGGAGCAACAUUAUGAUUCAUACCAAAUUCCAAAAAUGUAUUUAUUUUUAUUAUUUUUCAAAAUACGUUUGUACUGAAGCUGAUAAGAAAUAUAUAAUUUUUAUACUUAUAUUAUGUGACUUAUUGUAA